UCCAGGCCACAUUUCAAAGUAGCGCUCGCGCUAGGAGCAGACUGGCGUUAUCAUAGGGAAGUGGUCUGCUCAGAGUGAGUUUCUGUAUAAGGCAAUCACAGCGGUACAGUUCGUCCUCUGGGGCUCGCACAGUUUAUUUUCAAUUCCAGGAUUGCCUCUUCAUACCUGUGAAGUUAGUGUACAGAUGCCACCAGACUUCAUUUCAAUGCGCUGCACCGAAUAUUCCAAAGUAGAGAGUGAAGACACACAACAACAGAUUAUUAGGGAGACAUUCCACUUGGUGUCAAAAAGAGAUGAAAAUGUCUGUAAUUUCCUGGAAGGUGGCAUGUUAAUUGGAGGAGCAGAUAAUAAACUUAUUUACAGACAUUAUGCAACUUUGUAUUUUGUCUUUUGCGUGGAUUCUUCAGAGAGUGAACUGGGCAUCCUGGACCUCAUUCAGGUUUUUGUGGAAACAUUGGACAAAUGUUUUGAAAAUGUCUGUGAGCUGGAUUUAAUUUUCCAUGUAGACAAGGUUCACAAUAUUUUGGCUGAAAUGGUAAUGGGAGGAAUGGUUCUAGAGACCAAUAUGAAUGAAAUAGUAACUCAAAUUGAUGCACAAAACAAAAUGGAAAAAUCUGAGCAUCCUCCCUCUCCUCACUUCCUCGGUGACCUCCCAAUUUUCCUUCCGCCUUCUCUUUCUGCUCAGGCAAAAAGAGGCUGGCAUCUAUUGGAAGCUUUCCCUUUGCCCACCUUGUUCCCUGGGGAGGACCAACCUUCGCUGUCCAGCCAGGAAUCCUCCUCAUCACUGAUGUGCACACUGAUGACUGCACUAUGCACAGGACAGCCAGGCUGGUCUGGCAGGAGCUCCAGCCAGAGCUGUAUCAGCAGUAAAGAAUAUGAAUCUGCCUGAAAUGCCUCGAAAUAUUAACAUCGGAGAUAUCAGCAUAAAAGUGCCAAAUCUGCCCUCAUUUAAAUAGAAAAACAUACUCAACCUCGUUUGAAAUUGUUUCAGAAAAGAUUUACCAUGUCUACCAAAUAAAAAUUUCUCUUAGUAUUGAAGGGUAUUUUGGGAAAUUUUGAGUUGCACCAAUAAAACAAAAAAAAAGUUUGUGCUCGAGAUUUGUUUUAAACCUGAAUGAGUUUCCUUUGUAGUACCCACAUUACAUCUACAUUCCGGUGCUCUAUGAAGUGACUUUUAUUGUGUGCUGGCUGCUAUUUAAGAGAACUUAUUUAAGAUGAUAGUGACUUUACACAUUCAAUGUUAUUAAACUAUUCUUUGUAUAUCUGGAUUCCGUGUAAACAGUAAAACAAACACUCUUGACUUUUUUUGGGGGGAUAUUUGUAUUUAUUUAGAAGUCUGUUGAAUAGUGGAACCAAAGGAAUCUUGUAUGAUAAGUUUUUCAGUUGCAGUGUUAUGAUAGCAUAAAAAUAAAUGGAAUGUGUUUCUGUCAGAACUUAAGAUUGCCAUCCUUUCCAUUCCAAGAUUUGUUAUAGAAUCCAGCUUCAACAAGAAGUCAGUUAUAAUAAUUUGCUAACUGUGUAUUCAUGAUAAUAUUUGUUUGCAGUUAUUGCUAAUGCCAGUAGACUUGGACAAGUUUAAGGUAGAAAUCAUCGUGGAGUUUGGCAUUAGAUUAAAAAAAAUUCUAUCAGAACAAUAUUUUUUAUAAUGCAAUAUUUUGCUCUGUCUGGGAUGGAAAGGAUAAAAGCCAUCUUAAUACUAAUAAAUAUUGGUUUAAGACCAACACAUGCAUGUUUAUUGUUGUAUGUUUGACCUGUAGAUGGAAUUUCAUUUUUAUAAUGAAAAUGUUAGUACAUUGAGCACAAUGUUUGCCCUAUGCAUUACUUGUACAAACACUGAACAGUUGUGAAAUAUUCACUGUUUAGAAAUAAAACAUGGAUUUAUGUCUGGAAGAUUACUUGAAAUUAAUAGCAAAUUAAUAGCAAAUUAUUUGUAGUUAAGUGAGAAAGGAAUUAACAAUACUUGAAUUAAAAUGGAAAGAUUUGAGGAAGAUUUUCAAAGGUGAAAUUGAAGAGUGUAGUUGGCAAUAAUAUGGCAUGUAAUGGUUUGCAGAUCUGCAUAUUUGCAAUCUAGGAAAAACAUUUAAUUUCAUUUUAAAUUUAGUUACUGUAGAAUACAUACUAAGUAGUGAAUAAGUUCAUAUUGUGCAAAAUAGCUUGUAACUAUCAGUUUUGUUACAUGAUUAAUAAACUUGUAGAUAUUUUCGCUUGAUAAUUUGCAA